AUGGCCGACAUUACAGCAGUCUUCAAUACAGCGUUGAAAGCGAACAAUGCGCCACCGGUCACAUCGCAUCGCUAUACUAUAGAUCGACUCGACGAGUUUCUCAAAGAAGCAUACAGCAUCAAUGCCCGUAUAGCGGACCUCACUUCAUACCUCCGCGCGAUCAGGCCCUCGUACCUUUCUACUGCGCCCGCUCCUCGACGACCACAACGACACAACUCCACAGAUCACAACCCUACCCAGGAUACGACUCAGCGACAUUUGUCAGACACGGAAAGAGCCUCGAUCGAUGCUGAGGCCAAAGGUGUCUUGCGGCAGUUGCAUGCCGCUGUAGAACGGAUAAGUCAGACUGAGCAGAUCAGGCAAGAUACAGCAUCUCAUGUCGCGCUACGCAAACGGAACCAAGGCGGGCUCGGUGCUAUUGGAAGAUGGGCAGCUGGGGGUGCUGUCACUGCAAAAAGCGCAGAUGAAGAGGUGGAAGAGGCCAGGCAGAAGAUGCUGAACGCGCAUCGAGAGAGCAUCGUCUGGUUCCUGCAGGCCAAACUCAGAGAGGCUGGCACUCUUCAAAGCACAAUGAUGGAGAUCAGAAUACAGCGUGAAGUCGAGAAGAGUAAGAGCGUAUUGUACAAAGCAAAGGGAAGUAGCGCAGCAUACUCUCAAGGCUUCGAUGCUGCCUUGUCAUCCGGGGAGCCAGCGCCUCAAGGUCAGGAGAGAGCGGAGCCUCAAUUGAGCGAUGAACAGAUGCAGCUCUUCGCGCAAGAGAACCAGGACAUGAUGAAGCAUUAUCAGGAUACGUUGGAUCAAGUUCGCACGGCGGAGCGUUCUCUUAUCGAAAUCUCGGAGCUACAAUCGACCCUCGUCACAAACCUGACAGAACAGAAUGAGCAUAUCGAGCAACUGGUACAGGAUUCCUUCUUCACAACCGAAAAUAUUGGAAGAGGAAACAAAGAGCUCAAAAAGGCGAGUGAACGAACGAGCAGUGCAAGAAUCCUGUUCCACAGCACUUGCGCCUUCUGCGCCUUCCUGGUCGUAUGGGACUUGAUAUUCUAG